GGCAAAUUUCCGCUGGUGCCUAUUUGGUGGGAGACGCGCUCACUUUAGAGCUCUCGUUUCCUUGUCAUCGUGUCUCCGGUAGUGCACUCUAUGCGUGGUAUGAUACGCUGCUCGCUUGUCCUUUGCAUGAUCCUGCUGGCCGUUGCGAUCCGUCAGGCGCUUCACAACUCCAGCGGUCUUUCAAGCUCCCAGCUUGGGGGUUUAGCCACGCGCACAAACAUGUCGCACGCAAAGCCAUAUACUGACAGCAUCGAGGUGUUCAAUCAACCUCUGAAGCAGGGUGUCAAGAUCCCUAGGAUUGGCCUUGGGGUGUUUCAGUCAGCGCCGGGCCCUGAGACAGAAGAAGCGGUUGCAUGUGCGCUGCAAGAGGGGUACCGCCACAUUGACACCGCCGCUCUGUACAGAAACGAGGCCUCCGUGGGUGCGGCUAUUCGGAACAGCGGCAUCCCCCGAGAAGAGAUCUUUGUGACGACCAAGCUGUGGAACAGCGAUCAUGGCUAUCAGCAGACUCUUCAGGCCUUCCAGCGAAGCCUUGUAAAUUUGGGGCUUGAGUAUGUUGACUUGUACCUGGUGCACUCGCCGAUGCGGGUGGACAAGCGGCUAGAGACCUGGAAGGCCAUGGAGACCAUCCUGAAGAGCGGGCGUGCGCGGUCGAUCGGCGUCAGCAACUAUGGGAUCCAUCACCUGGAGGAGUUGUUUGCUAAUUGCACCAUAAGGCCGUCUGUCAAUCAGGUCGAACUGCAUCCCUACCAUACGCGGACGGUGUUAGUGGAUUUCUGCAAACGGAAUGGCAUCGCACUGCAGGCAUACUCCCCUCUCACAAAAGGCCGGCGACUGAAAGACCCUGCACUGCAGGAGAUCGCGCACCGCUACCACAAGACCCCCGCGCAGUUGCUUCUUCGGUGGGGCUUGCAAAAGGGCUUCAUCGUACUGCCCAAAUCCGUUACGCCCCAGCGGAUACUGCAAAACAUUCAGGUUACCGACUUCGAAAUCUCUGCCGCCGACAUGGCUCAGUUGGACUCUUUCAACGAGAACCUCGCGACGGGGUGGGAUCCGACCACGGGAGCGUGAGGAGAGUAAAGUACUUGGUUCAGCAUCAUCUUAUGCAGCAUGCUGCUAGCAUUUACGAGCUUCCCAGCGCUUGGGCAGAAAGCUCUAAUCGGGUACGGAGUCAUAUGCCACAAGCAGAGCCGUGGGCUUCAGGAUAACGGUAAAGUAAAGCUGACGACGCUGGUACAAGUGUUUGAUAGCAAUUUCUGUGAUUGUAGUGACAGAUGCGCAAGUUGCUGUCCUGCUCUGAUGGAAACACGCAAGUGAUAAGAGUUUGAAGCUCAGCAAAAUAUGACGUGUCCAACAAAAGCCAGUGUAUACAAGGCUAAGAUUCGUCUCUUUGACGUAGUUUACUUGUCCCACAUACAAAUCUGUUAUGCUGGUGGUUGAGAGUGAACUGCGCUCCUAUUCAGAGCCCACUCCCGACACCCACGAUAAGCUUAGCUUGCAAGCCUGUAUAGCAUGAGUUGAGUGAGUCUGUGUCAUGAAGUGCAGGCGUUGACCGGCGUGUCUUGUAUUAAAGUUACUUAGGAAGUUUGAGGAUCGGACUCCUAGUCAUAUAUAUCAGCCAUUUGAUAUACCGAUCCUUGGAAUGCCC